AUGAUUGAUUCCAACUCACCUAAAGAAAUAAAUCCUCCUAAAUCGCUGGCUCUCAAUUCCAAGUCAGUCCAACCCAACCCUAUCCCUCCUCCUCAAACAGCAGUUCCUCCUCAGGCACUUCAAGAAGUCUCUAAGAUGAUGGAGAUAGACCCUAAUGCUCUCCCUCUAAUUGUGAGCCAAAAUCGGAAUUCAAAUGACUGUCUGCCUGAAUCCUCUGUCAUUAAAGCUAAAAGAUGGAAGAGGUCAUCCCAGAAGGUAGGUAGACUGCAAAGAAGUCCCACUCCCAUCAUCAUUGUUGAGCCAACCAAAGCGGCGGCGGACUCGGGCCUGCGGUCAUCUUCAACUCCUCAGCCCUCCCGGAUGUUGUUUCUCUCCGAUGCGGCCGAAGGCUGCUGGAUCAACGCGGCUCUCCCACUGACGAUUUGUUAUUCCGGCGGGGUCUUGUUGGCUGGUUGCGGAUCCUGUGGUCAGUGGUGGUGUCGGGAGGGACGAGGGUCUGUGGAUGGGUCGGGGCCCUCGCGGUUACGACGAAUUUGGUUGUGGCGGUCAGAGCUUGGGACUUUGCCGCUCCAACUUGGAAUCCUUGAUUGCGAUCUUCUCCGGAUUCUUGGGCGGCCUCUGAGGUAA